GCAUCUUAUGAAUUCCUAAUGAAUUUACAGGUUCUUCCUCUGCUUGGUUAGACUUGGAAAGGAGAAAUCAAUUAAAAAACAGAUUAUCAUUUUUUCUUUUCCUGUGUCAAGCAUAAUGGCUGAAAUCGCCCUCACAUUCCUCAGCCCUGUCAUUGAGGUGGCAAUUUCCAAAAUGUUUUCGUUUGGUAAGGAACGAAUUGGGAACGCACUGGGUUUAGAGAAGGAGCUUGAUAGGCUUGUGGAUUCUCUCACUCUCAUUCAAUCUGUCGUCCAACACGCAGAGGAAAGACAAGAAAGUGAUCCUGCUGUAAGGCGUUGGUUACAGAAGCUCAAUGAUGUAGCUUAUGAGGCCGUGGAUGCUCUGGAUGAGUGUGAGUACAAGGUUCUUGAGGACGAAGUUAAGAGGGUGUGGCACUGGAAUCCUGCAUUUAUCUUCUCUUCUCAAAAGUUUCGUGUUCAUAUGACUGACAAAAUCAAGAAGAUUACUGAGGAGUUGUGCCAUUUGAAAGACUCGGCUGCCACGGUCAAUCUGGUGGUCACAUACAGAGGCCAAACUUGUUCAAUGCAGUAUCCAAAGACAGACUCCUUUCUUAAUUCCGUAGUAUUUGGAAGGGAAGACGAUGUCUCAAUAAUAGUCCGCUUGUUGCGCGACUUGAGCAGUAAACAUCUCAUCUCUGGCAUUUCCAUAGUAGGUAUGGCUGGGGUUGGAAAGACAACAGUAGCAAGAUCAGUAUACAACGAAGCAAAGGUGAAAAAGCUCUAUGAUCUAGUGGCUUGGGUCUGUGUAUCUGAGGACUUCACUGAUCAAACAAUUUUGGGAGAAAUGUUGCGGCAUUUUGAUCGUACAGCCGCUCAAACGAAUAGUGUCAAUGCAUUGCUUGAAGAUCUUUCUAAAGAAUUAGAGAAGAAAACUUUUCUUCUCAUUCUUGAUGAUGUAUGGAAUGAUGAUCGUAAAAAGUGGGAUUCUUUCAGCUCUUGUUUGUCAAAAAUUCUCAAAACAAAUGGGAGUUCUAUUGUUGCAACAACACGUAGUGGAAAGGUAGCAUCUGUGAUGGAGUCAAUUCCUAUGCAAAGCUAUAAAAUGCAGGGGCUAUCAGAUAAUGAAUGUUGGUUGAUAAUCAAGGAGAAGUUUCUCAGAUCAUCCACAGGAGCUACUUCGAUGCCUGCAGAUUUGGAACCUAUUGGACAGGACAUUGCAAAAAGAUGUGGGGGUUCACCAUUAAUUGCAAGUGUUAUCGGAGGGACAUUAAGUCGUCAAGCCAAUGCAGAUACGUGGGAGGCUAUCAAAAAUGAUGAAGCUUGGCAAUUUAAUUCAGGGGCAGGAGAUGAGAUUUUGCCUAUAUUGAAAAUAAGUUUUGAUCGCUUACCUUCUCCUUUGAAAAAAUGCUUUUCUUACUGUGCAAUUUUUCCAAAAGACUUUGUCAUUGAAAAAAACGACUUAGUUCAACUCUGGAUGGCUGUUGGAUUUCUUGAACAAUCUAAGGAAAGGGACAAGACAAUGGAGGCUAUUGGUAAUGAUUAUUUUAAUCACUUGUUAGCCAAUUCCUUAUUUCAAGAUGUGGAAAUGGAUGAAUAUGCGAAUAUCAAAUCUUGCAAGAUGCAUGAUGCGGUGCAUGAUCUAGCACUGUUUGUCUCAAAAGGUGAAGUUUUGAUUUGGGAGGAGUCUGGUUGCAAUAUUGUCGAGAAUUCUAAAGUUCGACACUUGAGAAUUAAGUCUGAGGGGAAAACGUGUCCAACCAUUCCAGCAGACGUUCAAAAAGGGUUGCAUUCUUUGUUCUCAAGUGUUCAUGCUUUCACAAGGAUGGCAUCUGAUUUGGAAAGCUUGCGAUCUUUAAAAUUAGGAGGAGAUUCCAUGAGAGUUUUACCAAAUUCUUUCGGUAAAUUGAAGCAUUUGAGAUACCUUGACAUAUCAAAAAGUGCAAUUCAAAGACUACCAAAAUCUGUCACCAAGUUCUACAAUUUACUGACUUUAAGAUUCAUGGACUGCAUUUCAUUGGAAAAGCUCCCAAGUGGUACUAAAAAUCUAGUCAGCUUGAGGCAUAUUUAUUCUGAUGAUGAAAGGCAUAUGCCAAGUGGCAUUGGGAAAUUAACUUCUCUUCAGACUUUACCACCAUUUGUUGUGGGCACAGAAAAGGGUCGGAGAAUAGAAGAGCUUAAAUCUUUGAACCAACUCAGAGGAAAACUGAAAAUUUACAAGCUUGACCUAGUAUCUCAAUCAGAAGCUAGAGAAGCAAGACUUAAAGAUAAAAGAGAAUUGAUCAAGUUGAAAUUUGUAUGGAGUAAAAACAGAGCCAACAACAGUGACAAAGAUAUGGUUGUUCUGGAAGGUCUUGAACCUCCCUCAACAUUGAAAUGCUUAACCAUUGAGAAUUAUAGGGGAGGCAUCUGCCCUUCAUGGAUGAUGAAUUUGGAACAGCUUGUGAAGUUGACAUUGAUUGAUUGUGAUGGAGUUGGUGAUAUUUCAUGCCUUGAACUCUUACCUGAGCUUAAGGUUCUCAAUAUAAAGGCAAUGCCAAAUGUGAGGAGGAUAGGCAGAAUGUCUUAUCGUCAAAGUAGCAGCAUGGCAAUCGACAGCCGAGGUGAAGCAGAAUCAAUCCUACCAUUUCCAGCUUUGAGAAAACUUACUUUACACCACAUGAAAAAGCUGGAGAAAUGGACGGAAGCACAAGGCAUGCUCAAAACAUGGUGGGCAAGCAGCGGCCAAGGUGAAGCAGAAUCAAUCCUACCAUUUCCAGCUUUGAGAAAACUUGCUUUACGCAACAUGACAAAGCUGGAGAAAUGGACACAAGCACAAGGCAUGGUCGUGUUUCCUUGCCUUGAGGAGUUGCAUAUUCGAGAUUGCCCCGAGCUCAAAACAUGGUGGGAAGAUGGAUUUGCAUGUCCAAAUCUCUCUGUACUUGGCAUACAGUCAUGUCUGAAAUUGCGGGCUAUCCCAAUUGGGCUGUCGAACUUAACAUUUCUUGACAUAAACAAUUGUCCCAAAUUAAUGGGGUAUGCUCAAGAAGGCAGCCACAAAUGGUUAUCUAUUUGCCACGCUCAUAGGAUCAGAAUCAAUGGGCAGAUUGUGCUAUCCCGAAGAUCUUGAUUUUUCAAAGUGCCCUUUUUGAGACAACGGUGGAUAAGGAAGAUACAGAUUGAGGAUUGAAGAAAGGAGUAUAUGCAUACGAACUUAAUUUUACAGAGACAAAGAAGAAAAGAAGUCUCUUCCUAUCAACUUCUGCUUCUCAUUGGCCUUGGGAACUGUCAAAAUAUUCAAAUUUGAUGGAAUGGAAGGUUUGCUAGAAUUGGUUGAGAGACCUCAUUUUCUCCAGGGGCUGAGUGAUGUCUCGCCUCAAAAUUAAUACUCUUUGGCUAAGCGGUUGUUGUAGCGUAGCUUUAGAUGUAUCUAAAGGGAAUCUAUAUUAAAUCAACAAAAAGAGUUGUC